CCUGAAAUCAAGGAGCCAUGUUUCUAAACGGCCUUAGCGACAGUAACUAAGGGGCGGGGCGAGACGCCGUGACGUCGCGGGAACUCUCCGCGGGAUCCCGCAACGCUCCUGUAUCUCAGCCUGAAGAGCUCCGAGACCAGAAUCCAGACUCAGUCCAGGACAACACGGUCCACCAGUCACAGCGGAGACCUGCAGGACGAUGGAGAACCAGAACCCGGACCACAGGAGCCAAACAGCAGCCUCGUGCUCUGAUAGCACCGAUGUUCAGAAACGGAGAGGAAGAGAGGGACUCAAACGUCACCACUGUCACCAUUGUGACAAAUCCUUCACAAGAUCUGGAUAUUUAAAGAUUCAUCAGAGGCUUCACACUGGAGAGAAACCGUACAGAUGUGACCUGUGUGGAAAAACUUUCACUGCAUCAGGUGACCUAAAAAUACACCAACGUUUUCACACUGGAGAAAAACCAUACAGCUGUGAACAGUGUGGGAAAGCUUACACUACAGUAAGUGAACUAAAAAAGCACACACGUGUUCACACUGGAGAGAAACCGUACAGCUGUGACCAAUGUGGGAAAGCUUUCACUAGAUCAGAUGUUCUAAAAGUCCACCGACGUGUUCACACUGGAGAGAAACCGUACAGCUGUGACCAGUGUGGGAAAGCUUUCAUUACAUUAGGUCACCUAGUAGGACACAGACGUGUUCACACUGGACAGAAACCGUACAGCUGUUACCAAUGUACAAAAGCUUUCAGGACAUCAGGUGACCUAAAAAUACACCAACGUGUUCACACUGGAGAGAAACCGUAUGGCUGUGACCAAUGUGGGAAAGCUUUCACUAGAUCAGAUGUUCUAAAAGUUCACCAACGUGUUCACACUGGAGAGAAACAGUACAGCUGUGACCAAUGUGGGAAAGCUUUCAUUACAUCAAGUGAACUAAAAGUCCACCAACGUGUUCACACUGGAGAGAAACCGUACUGGUGUGACCAAUGUGGGAAAGCUUUCUCUAGAUCAGAAAUUCUAAAAGUCCACCAACGUGUUCACACUGGAGAGAAACCGUACAGCUGUGACCACUGUGGGAAAGCUUUCAUUACAUCAAGUCACUUAGUAGGACACAGACGUCUUCACACUGGAGAGAAACCAUACAGGUGUGACCAAUGUGGUAAAGCUUUCACUCUGUCAAGAGGCCUAAAUGAGCACAGUCAUGUUCACAAUGGAGAAAAACCGUACAGCUGUGACAAGUGUGGGAAAGCUUUUACUACAUCAGGUUACCUACUAAGACACAGACGUGUUCACACUGGACACAAACCGUACUGGUGUGACCAAUGUGGAAAAGCUUUUUCCCGCCCUGAACACAUCCACAUUCAUCAGAGGCUUCACACUGGAAAGAAACGGUACAGCUGUGACCUGUGUGGGAAAGCUUUCACUAGAUCACAUGAACUAAAAAUACACACACGUGUUCACACUGGAGAGAAACCGUACAGCUGUGACCAGUGUGGGAAAGCUUUCACUAGAUCAGGCGACCUAAAAACACACCAACGGGUUCACACUGGAGAGAAACCGUACAGCUGUGACCAAUGUGGGAAAGCUUUCACUAGAUCAGAUAUUCUUAAAGUCCACCAACGUGUUCACACUGGAGAGAAACCGUACAGCUGUGACCAGUGUGGUAAAGCUUUCCCUACAUCAGGUGACCUAAAAACACACCAACGUGUUCACACUGGAGAGAAACCGUACUGGUGUGACCAGUGUGGGAAAGCUUUCACUACAUUAGGUCACCUAAUAGGACACAGACGUGUUCACACUGGACAGAAACUGUACUGGUGUGACCAAUGUGGGAAAGCUUUUGCUCAUCGCAGUCACUUUAAAAUCCACUGACAGUCAAGCUGCUUCCUGAGUUCCGAGUCAAGCAAGCUGCUUCCUGUGAAUCUGGUGUGAAUCACCAGAAACCACACAAUACGAUAUUAUCACGAUAUUAAGUCACAAUAUAUUAUGAUUUUAACCUUUUCAUAUUCAGAUAUCCUACAGUAUAUUGGCAUUUAUUACCUUUUUCCAAACUUCAAAUUAUAAUAAUAAUAAUAAUA